AAGAUCCUGGUUGGCAACCUGGACUAUGGCGUGACCGAGGCGGACCUGCGCGAGCUGUUCACCCAGGUUGGCCCAGUCAAGCGUGCCACGCUGAAUUUUGGCCCUAAUGGUCGGUCGAAGGGCAGCGGCGAGGUCAUCUUCCGGUCGCCAGCGCACGCGGCCCUGGCAGUCGAGCGCUACCAUGGCGUGACGCUCGACGGCCGCACCAUGAAGAUCGAGGUCGCCUACAACCCGAUGGCCGUGCCGAUGAUGAUGCCCACCAUGAUGCCCGGCGCUGUGAUGCAGGGAUCGCCGGCUGGCGGCAAGGCGCCGAGGAGCAGUGGCAGAGCCAAUGGCGCCGGACGGCAGAAGCAGCAGAACGGUCCCGCAAACGGAGGCAAGGGUCGCCGUGGCGGCCACAAGGGCGGUCGUGGCGGCGACCGCGAGAAGCGCCCAGAUGCCACCAAGGAGUCGCUUGACGCCGACCUCGACACCUACAUG